CCCCGCCGAGCCGAGCCAGGGCUCUCCGUGCCCCGCCGAGCCGAGCCAGGGCKRUCCGUGCCCCGCSGAUCCUCGCCCGCCGCCGCGAUGCUGCCCGGCCGGACCCUGCGCAAACCAGCGCCGCCCGCCGCUCCUGCAGGGCGCGACGCGGCGUUGGAGUGCGCCCUGGAGCUGUCCCGCAUCGGCGACAUGUGGGACCUGCGGCAGAGGAUCCUGAACCUCUUCGCCAAGCUGUUCAGCCGCGAAAUGUGGGCUGCCCGCGGUCACGGCGAGCGGAACAGCGGGGGAGGAGGACCUUGGCUUUGUGGAUUUGGAAGAAGAGGCUCCACAGACUCYGGGAGAUGAAGAAACUUCAAAUCUCGCUGCUUUUGUAUUUAGCUGUCCGUGGCCGCUGGAGGAUGGCUAUCACAUGAUUUGUCUGAAGAAUGUUACAGCUAUAUUGGCGUAUGAAUGCCAGGUGGGAAACAGAGAUAACGACGGCAGAGCCCCUAAACCGUGCAGUGCUGACUUGGGGCGAGCUGGUGACUUGGGGAGAUUUGGGGCAAGACUGAACUUGCCCUUCACCGCCGUCUGAGAAGACUUUCAGGACCCCGGUUUCCCCAGUCGCCCUCUGGUCCUCAUGUCCCAUAGCCAUGUUUCACCGAGGAGCUCCGCCCACCUUCAGGAUGAAGUAAAAUAAAAUUGUCAGUGUGUUGAAACUUGGGAUCACACACGCAGGAAAACACAGUUGCUGGAUUUUUGACUGCUCUUCUUUUCUAAAACAUGGAUCUUUCUGGAUAGAGAUCUGGUGGUGGGACUUACAAUUUGUUAAACCACUAUCUUUAUUGAAAAGGUAUUUGUUGCAGGAUGUUGCUUUGCAGACAAAAAGUUGUAAUUCUAGUUCUAGUUUAUAUUAUAAAGAUAUAGUAUAAGUUUAWAUAGAUAUAUGUAUAUAGUAUAUAAGCAUAAAAUAUAAAUGUGUGCAUCACUACUGUAUGUCAUGAGUACUUAACAGAACUAUUAAUUUAAAACUGUUUGUUUAGUCUCAAAACACAGUAUAAAAAGAAUGUUCAAAACAUGACAAAACUCAAUAUAAAAAGGUAUUAUAUAAACUAAAAAAGAAGCUUAAAUAUUUUCUAAUGAUAAAGGAAAUAAAUCAUGCUUCAGAGAGCGAAGCAUAUUUUAGCAUUAUAUAAGACAUAUCUGAAUAUAUACCACACAAACACAGAUAUUGAGGUAAUUGUGGUGGAAGGAUUCUUUCAAUAUUACAAAGAAUUUCUUGAUAACAGUACAAUUCUGCUGUGUCUUUAUAACCAACAAAAAAAACUUCAAUAGAAGUAGAUCUUAAAGUUAAAUCUCAAGUUUUGUUAAGAAURUUAUUUAUUCAAAGAAAGCAAUUCUACCUCUCUUUGAAGAAAUAAUAUCAAUAGAAUUGAAUGUUGCAGCUGGUACAAGAAAGUAGCCUUAGAUUUUUGAAUGUUUAAUUAUACUUACAGGCAAAGGUUCUUCCCUUGUACUUUAUUUCCAUUUCAUUCAAUGGCCUCCUCGUUUCAGUUCCAGAAUGAUGAAGCUGCUGCAGCAYAUCCAGGAGGUGAGGGGUUAUAUAUGAGGGGUUAUGUGGGAAUAACCCAUCUUACCAAGGAGUUAUUACCCUUGGCUGGCUUCAGAGGAGCUGAAUUAAACAUGUUGAUURCUGUCAAGGCAAACAGUAACUCUGYUAGUCAAUUCAUGCCAGGUUCCAUCCUAAACAGUAUUUUUAUGGGUCCCAGUUAGCAAGAAAAUGCCUGAAGCCAAUCCUGUUUCACAGCUACCUCUAAGGUGACUGGUCAGUUCCUUCUCUUAACUAACCUUGAAUAUAAGUAUAUUUGCAUUUUAUAAGACUGUACAGUUACACUUUCUGAUAUUUGUGUCUAUUGAAAUKAUGUCUUCUCCUGUCUUGUGGUGGAUUCUUGUUUGUAUUCAUAAUUUAUUUUUCAGUUACCUCUUCUUAAUCUGCCUUUGCAAACUUGUCAUUACUUAACUCUGGUCACUCACAACCAGUUGUGUUGGGGCUGUUACAUAUUGACACUGACUUCUGUCACUGAGCAGAAGCUGACUAACUUUGUCUCCUUACCUCAUGGAAGAUUUUAACACCACCCCAGUGGCACUGCCAGGAUUUUUGCUGUUGGUUUAGCCAAUGUGUGGUUCCUUUCCCUUCUAAGCUAGUUAAUUACUUUUCAGUGAGAACAUAAUGUUUCAAGAGUAGUUCUKAUUUGUCUCAGUACUGCAAAAGUGUGUUUUGCUGACAUGUACAUAGGUCAGUUUGCCAGGUACUAAAAAAUGAACGCAAAGAGUUUCAGAUAAGCACAACACCAGCUCUCAGGCUAACACUGCAUAACUCACAAGAAGGGUUGCUCUUGUACAUCCUGCUCUUGGUGRAGUCUGGGAGUUUUCAGCAUGGGUACUAAACAAUGACCAUGCCUGUCUGAAACUCUCAGGAAAAUUCAGCAUUAGCAUUCACAACAGGACGGAAUAAAACUGUUCUGCUCAAGGUAUGCUGCUUUGAAAACCAACAAGAAACAAGGUGUGGAUUUGUAGAGCCCACCCAAUUCUUCAGGCUGUAGCACAUAUGAAUACUAUGAAAAAAAAUGUAUAUUGAUAAAUGCAUUGUCAUGGGGAUAUCCAAGUUUACUGUUAGCAGAGUAUUUAUCUGCCUAGAUAUGCAAAGAAUAUUUGCUCUUUUUGAAAUGUUUUAGGUUUUUGUGUGCAUGGUUAAGGCUGGUAGUGUUCAACAGGAACUCRGGAAAAAGACAGGUGCAGGAGGUCAAUGCCAGUAGAUGACCAAGCACUUGCUGAUGUCCACCCUGGAUUUGUUUUGUUACUUCUGCAAAGGAUCUGCUUUAUGACUUUAUCAACGUGAGUUUGUUUUCCUUAGGGCCUGUUCUGGAUGCGAGCCAGRUGUGUUGCUGUAUGCCUCACGCAUGUAUGUCUUGAGUUCUUGCUAAGAUAAUAAAUACAAAGUGUUUACAAGAAAAAUGAGUCAC